AUGUAUACAUUAAUUAAAGGAUUAUAUAUUAAAUGGAACCAAAAACCCACAUAUUCAGUACUUAUUAUUGGGAUGGAACAUGUAGGAAAGACGACAUUUCUUGAAAAAGUUAAAUCUAUAUACAAUCACGUUUCUGCACUACCACCAGAAAGUAUUGUUUCUACAGUUGGCCAGAAUAUUGGAAGAAUUACCAUUGACAAAACUAAAAUUCAGUUUUGGGAUUUAGGAGGACGAUUAUCUUUAAGAAGUCUUUGGUAUCCUUAUUUUUCAGAGUGCCACUCUGUAAUCCUAAUGUUGGAUUCAACAGAGAAGGAAAAAAUUCAGGAAGCUAAAGAUAUUUUUGAAACACUAAUUAAUCAUGAAAAUAUUAAAGGAAUUCCCAUACUUAUAUUAGUUAAUAAACAAGAUAUUUCUGGAUCUCUUAAUAUUGAGGAAAUAAAAGCAGCUUUCAAUAGUAUUAUUGAAAGAUUAGAUUCACAUAAAAAUCACAUGAUACCGACAAGUGCUAUUAAUGGGACAGGAGUACAAGAAGCAGUAGAAUGGUUGAAAAAUCAAAUGGAACAAAAUAUAUACCUACGCAAACCAAUAUAUUAG